AUGCGGUCACCGAGUGUCCCGGUGUGCUUCGUUUACGUUCUGCUGAGUGUUCUGGCAUUGUCUCUGCAAACCUGCGCAACGUCCUCGUCGAACUCAACCUCGACGCAAGUUGCAGUGGAAGAAGAAGAUGAGGAAUCAUUGCCACAGAUAACACUGGACGAGUUCAAAGAAAGAUACAGGAGGCUGAUACCGUACAUGACUUUCUACGUUGCGAACAAUUACGUAAAUAGUCAGACUCCGCUACCGCAAGUCACCGAGAAAGAGUACCAAAGCAGUGCCUUGGUGAGGCAAAAUCAGCAACCCCUCGUUAGGGUAAACAACGUAGCGAGAAAAGUGAACUUUCAUCGCGUAAUUCCUCAAAAUCACGAUCAAAAAUUUGUCCCAUCUGUGCAAUACGAUCCUCACAGUUUGGGAAGCGAUAAUAACUAUUUCACACCCGUGAGACACACUGCUAAAAGUGGUCACGACGAUCAUCCGGCGCCGUACCAAGUUUAUCAGGAUCGCAAAGUAAUUUAUCCCGACAUAAUACCUUCACCCAGUCAGAUUACACGCAAGGAGCACAGGUAUUACACAAACCAUGUGAGACCGUUACGACCUUACACGACAAAUGGCAGAGAACACCUGCCCAGGAAACAAUUGACCAAACCAGUCCACUCUAACAUUCGGGAUGACUACGCGUUGGAUUACAAUGUCAGACCAACUGUGAAUGGAGUUCAUUAUCCCGCGAUGGACUUCCAUGGACACCGACCAGGUCUACCGCCUGCAUACUCCACUGUGUCAACGCUCGCGCCAAUCCAAGGAAAGCAACUCCCAACGAUUCACCAAUUAAUCCGAAAUCCGAAUAUCAACCUCGAGCAGAUAGUCGAGAGUCUGCACCUGAGCGAACGCUUGCCAGAGAUGCUGAACAGAGACAACAUUGACAACAGUUUAAAGACCCUGGCGGAGAUACUCGAUAUCCUUCAUAGUAAGAAAACAGAUGAAUUCCCGCAGGUCCAACAAGCUCCUCUGACCCCAUUGGUCAAGGCACCGUCGAGAUUACCUCAGAAGGUACCGAACGUCAAGCCACGGCCACAGUCGCGACCAAAAGUGAUCACCGAAACGCGAUUCCAAGCAACCCCGAAUCCUCUGUAUCUAACCGAAGAUCCUGAGCGUUACAAGCUGACGUCCUACGAGGAUGAAAUAAAUCCUCUGCCACCCCCUCAACCGAGUUACGUAGAAGACAGCCUAAAUAAUAAUAAGCUGUUGGAAUACUAUACCCCCGUAGUUCAGGAUGUUCCAGCGAAGAACAAAGACGUGUUCCUGCCAACUAUCAGGCCCCAUGCGAAUCAUCAAAGCCCAAGCGACGGCCCUACCGAGAAUACAUACGAAAUCACGGAGGAUCUUGGCGAAGAUGUAUUGCAGCAGGAUCGAUACACCCCGUCGUCACCAGCGACCACGGAAAGUCCAGUUUACAGUUACACGAAGCCGAAUGAGAUUUCAACCCCGAAAUACAGUGUCCCGCAGACGUCGGUGAAGCAUGGAGCUACGCAGGGGGAAGCUCACGUUGAUUAUCCAGCUUAUUCUACUAUACCACUGACGAACUUCAGUUGCAAGGAGCAACGAUAUAAGGGAUUCUUUGGGGACCCAGACACUGGUUGCCAGGUAUGGCAUUACUGCGAUCUGAACGGCGGGAAAUCGUCAUUUUUGUGCCCGAACGGUACCAUAUUCAGUCAAGUGGCCCUAACGUGCGACUGGUGGUUCAACGUUAAGUGCGAGACGACCACGCAAUUAUACGUAUUAAACGAACGACUGUACAAGUACAUACUGCCGGUAAUGCCAAAGUUUCCCGAGGACUUUACCGGUCCGGAAGUGGAUCGGUAUUUGGAGCUAAAAUUCAAGGAGAUGGAGGCGAAACUGAAGGAAAAACUGAAGAAGGAGGAAAAGGAAAAGCUCAAAGAUAAACCAGAGACAGAAAAAUAA